AUGUUUGUCGUGAGACUCUUUACCUCACUUCUCUUUGCUUAUAUAUCCUGUGCUUUUUCGACUCAGGAUGUCCUCUCCAUAGCUCGGAACGAUCAGUCAUCAACUGCAGCAGAAAACUGUGAAAAGGCCUGCCAAGAGCUGAGCAGCAACUUUGGUCCCGCCCUUCACUUUGGUGACAAUGACCCAACAUUUGUCAUCUGGGACAAGAAACAACAGGAUGCCCAGCCCGCCUGCCGGGUGACGCCCGUGACGGCAGCAGAAGUGGCACAAGCCCUGACCAUUGUCUCCUCGCACUGGUGUCGCUUUGCCGUCAAGGGAGGAGGCCACUCUACCAAUGUCGAUGCCUCUAACUCUGUCGGCGGCGUCACCAUUGACCUGGGCGACAUGGACCAUAUUGAUUUGGCACCAGAUGGUCGUUCUUGGGCGGAUCUGGGGCCGGGACUGGUUCUCUCUGAUGCAUAUACUUACUUGGAACAAUACAACCUCACGAACAUUGGAGGCCGGGUGGCUGAUGUCGGCCUGCCAGGCUACCUCAUAGGCGGGGGAAUCUCAAAUCUGUCACCUCAAUAUGGUCUGGCCGUGGAUAACAUUUAUGAAUAUGAGGUAUACACCACCCCCAACAUUAAUCUCAACGCCACUGCUUUUUUCUUUCUACCACCAACCCCCUUCCCUUUAAUACGGAUGAUCGUUGACAUAUUCCAGCUCGUACUACCCAACGCCACCAUUAUCAACGUGACCCAGAGCAGCCAGCCAGACCUGUACUUUGCGCUGCGCGGCGGUGGCAACAACUUUGGCAUCAUCACCAAUUUUCGCGUGCGGCUGAUACCGCAGGGCCCAAUGCUCAGCGGCACCAAGGUAUAUCACGCCAACUACACGCGGCAGAUUGUCGACCAGACCUACCAGCUGACCACGACGCUCUCCAACGACACCUUGAUGUGCUUCUCGAGUCGCUAUGCUUAUAACCAGACGCUGGACGAGUUCUCGGUUUCCAUGACCCAAGCGUAUGCCCAGCCGAUUCUUGAGCCCCCGGUAUUUGCCACCUUGAACGAGGUCCCGUACGAGUCGAGCACCGUACGCGUGGACUGGAUGAGCAACUUUGCUCUGGAAUCUGUCCAACCACCUGGUACUCGCCAACUCUUCGGCACGGUGACGUUUGAUCCCUCUGGCGACUUGCAUCAGCAGAUACUAGACGUUUUUGAGGAUGAAGUGAGCCAGGUAAAAGACAUUCCUGGAUUUACCUCAUCUGUUGUUGUGUCGGCUCUACACAUAAAUGCCAUCAAGGCAAUGGAGGCAAGGGGAGGCAACGCCCUCGGUGUCGAGUCUGAUGGGCCAUUGGACAUCGCUCUCUUAACAGUUGGGUGGUCCAAUGCUACAGAUGAUGCUGCCAUGAACGCCUUUGCCGACACGUGGAUUACACGCAGCAUGCAGGCGGCAUCAGAUGUGGAUAGACUACAUCCAUGGCUCUAUAUCAACUACGCCAAGGAUACACAAGAUCCCUUUUCAGGAUACGGAAAAGUAAACAAGGCAAGGUUAAUCAGUAUUCAAGAAGCCAUCGAUCCAAAAGGUAUCUUUACUUCGACCGGACUCUGCCGGGGAUCGUUCAAACUACGAUAA